AUGAGGCAGUUAGCGUCAAAUCAAAAUACUAGACCUGUAGGCGCUCUUCCCAGUGAUACAGGGAAGAACCCUCAAGCAACACAUGAGUCAAAGAAAGAUGAUGCAAGUUCAGAGCCAGUGAAUGCUGCAAGGCCACCACCACCUUUUCCCCAAAGAUUGCAAAAGAAGAAUGAUGACCGCAUGUUCAACAAAUUCCUCUCUAUGUUGAGCCAGAGAUUGACUGAAUUCAAGACAGUCGCACUUACUGAGGAGUUCACUUCAAGAAUCCAAAACAAGCUUCCUCAAAAGCAUAAGGAUCCUGGUAGUUUCACCAUCCCUGCGCGGAUUGGUAAUAUCGAUGUGGGUCGUGCUAUUUGUGAUUUGGGGGCGAGCAUAAAUCUGAUGCCCUUGUCCUUGUUCAAACAAUUAGGCCUGAGAGCUCCAAGACCAACCACAUUGAUGUUGCAACCAGCUGAUAGAUCCAUAGCCUACCUUGAAGGAGUGGUUGAAGAUGUGUUGCUGCAAAUUGGAAAAUUCAUCUUCCCCGCGGACUUCAUUAUCCUAGAUUAUGAGGAUGAUGAAUAA